GCUCCUCACUAUUGAGAAAUGAUUCAAUUACUCCGUAUUCUUUCUUUCAAUCCUAAAUUCUGUACUGACACUCCUAGGGCUACGAACGCAAAGUAUUCACUCUAGAUACCAUAUUGAGCUUAGCCGACCACGCUGUCCUGCAGCUAGCCAUGGAGGCAUCACGCGUUCUACCUGGGCACAAAUCAAAACCCCUGUCGGAGCCAAAAUCUACGGCACACGACACAACUCCGGCCGAAUCAGACGAAGAGAAGGACAAUAGAGAGGUAGCAGAGAACACAGAGCUAGUGCCACCCUAUAUAACUAUUCAAUGGCUUCUCCCCGUCCUAGCAGUCUACGCUUCAGCGUUCCUCUAUGGCCUCGACACCACCAUCGUCUCCGUAGUCCAAGGCCCCGUCGUCUCAAGCUUUGGAAAUGUCGAGAAGCUAGGUUGGCUCGGCAUCGGCUUUCCCCUUGGUUCCAUCGCAACGAUUGCUGCUUGGGCAAAGGCUUAUGGCAUCUUCGAUACAAUGUGGAUGUACAUUGGUAGUCUGGUGCACUUUGUUGCUGGUAGUGCACUUUGUGCUGCCGCGCCGAAUAUGAUGGCGCUCAUUGUUGGGAGAGUAUGGGCGGGUGCUGGGUGCGCGGGUAUGUAUCUUGGCCAACUCAAUAUAUGGUCUCAGAAUACUACCCUCGAGAGGAGAUUCCUGUACAUUAGCGGUGGGGGCAUCGUUUGGGGAGUCGGAUGCAUCCUGGGGCCCAUAGUUGGCGGUGCAUUCGCUGAUAGCACGGCUACUUGGCGUUGGGCAUUCUAUAUUAACCUCGUCCUCUUUGGGAUUUUAUCCCCAGUUUAUCUCUUCGUCAUCAACUCUCACAUGCCGCGACCACGAGAAGCAACGAUCAAAAUGUCAAGGGAAUUCGACUGGCUAGGAAUUACCCUGACUGCUGCUAUGUAUACAAGCUUCGUCCUCAGUUUCGCCAUCGGCGGAACGAUCUGGUCUUGGAGCGAUAGACGAACUAUCGGUAGCAUUGUCGCCUUGGCCAUACUCGUUGUCCUCUUGGGCCUCCCGCAGAGGUUCUGCAUUUUCACGACACGCGCGAACCGCGUUUUCCCUAUUCGGUUUCUUCACAGCCGUACGUUUUUGCUGCUCUUCGUCGCGCAGUCUUGCAUUCAAACAGCACUCGCGAUUCCCAUCUAUUACAUCCCAUUAAUCUUCCAGUUUACGCGAGCAGACACUGCAAUGACUUCUGCUGUCCGGCUUCUUCCUUUCGUUAUCGUCAACAUCGCAGUCGUCUUCUUAAACGGCGCCCUUCUGCCAAAGUGGAAAUACUAUCUUCCGUGGUAUUUGGUGGCGGGAAUCUUUAACACGCUAGGCGGCGCACUGUUUUUGGCGCUGCUGAAUCAGUCGACAUCAAGUGGAGCGAUAUACGGCUUCAGCAUCUUGUUAGCUAUCGGCACAGGUCUAGCCCAACAAUGCGCGUACUCCAUUGCUACGGCCAAGGUACCUGAUCAAGUCGCUGAUGCAAUCGGGUUCAUCAACAAUGCACAAGUCGGGUCGGUCGUCAUAGCGCUCACUUUCACGUCCCUCAUCUUUCAGAAUGUGGGGUUCAAUCACAUAAAGGACGCCUUGGUCGGUCUCGACUUCACAAACGAGGAAGUUAGAGGAGCACUUGGGGGAGCGAAGAGCAGAAUGUUUGAUAAAGGUGUACUCAUUGAAGAGGUGAGGGUGGGCGUUGAGAAAGGGAUUGUGGAGGCGAUCCGAUGGAGCUUCUUUCCUGUGUUGUUGUCGGGGGCGCUUGGACUGGUGGCAAGCUUGUGUAUGAGGUGGGAGAACGUGUUUGAGGAGGAGACAGUGGCAAAGAAUGAAAAGACUGAACAGAAAGUGCAAGAAUAAAGAGCUAUGAGUCUAGAACGUAUACUAAAAGCCUACUAUUAUUCACUGCGAAGACAGUCAUCAUCAAUACGCCGUAGAAGGAGCAGAUCGAAGCUCGAACAACGUGAGGGAACAAAAGGUGACGCCAUAAGUCGACAGG